AUGAGUUCAACGGAGUUCGAUGCCGCCAAGGUGCUAAAGGCAUUCGAGGAUAAUGAUACCAACACUACUACCGCCACAACCACGCACACUAUCGAAUCAAAGCUUCAGUUAAUUCAAUCACUCAAAUCGCAGAUUAAAAAGUACGGAAUCGAUCUCGAUGAUGUCCCCACUUUUUUGAAAAUUAUAACCAAGGGACUAGAUAUCAACGAGCUAGGCAUUCUGAAUGUUAGUUUCAACUCAUUGUAUUAUCUCAUUAGGCGAAUCAGUGUGCAGGAUAGAAGCGGGAAAAUUUUGAAAGAUCAAAGUCUUUACAUUCUACCAGUAUUGAUAAAUAGACUAGGUACUUCGAGUAGCGGGAUAGCAAAAAAGGCGCUUGAAGACUAUUGGCUCAAUUCCCCUGUUGAAGUGGAAAACGCGGUGAGAGAGAUUGCGUUUACAACGCCAAAUUCCAAUAUUUUUAUUGAGGCGCUUAGAUGGAUUCAGCAAUUGGUUGAAAAUAUUGGCUUCAACUUCAAUACUGACUUAUUUACAUCCGAUCUUGUUGAAGCACUAGUGAGAAACCAAAAGAACGAAGAUGUAGUACAUGCAGCAAGGGACCUCAUACACGCAAAGUCCAAUAUACCGAAUGGCGAAGCACACAUGAAGAAUCUUAUUGAAGCGGUGCGGAAAAGCUCAGUUCAACAGAGAAUAAAGGAAAAUAUACUUGGGAAUAGUUUGCGUCCAUCGACUAGAGUACUCUCCCUUGAAACACGUGAGAGCAAAGUAACCAAAGUUUAUGAUACAGAGAAGCAUAAAAUCCAAUCCCAACAACUUCUGAAAGAUGGAUCCGACUAUUAUGCAUCGCGACUAGAAGAUUUGUUGUCAAAGCUGAGGUAUGCAAUAGAUACUUCAAUUGAUGCACUUGAUAUCGCCGGAGCCGAAGAAUUGUAUCGAAUCAUUGAGUCAAAUGAAGCCAGCUUUGAAGAGAAGGAAACAGAGUUCAAUUGGAAGCAAAGGGAAAAAACUAUUGUCCAACUUCGGCGGUUUGUUAGAGGAAAUUCUAGCACGCAGUUUCUUCAAGAUUUAUUAAUCUGUUUGCGUGGUUUUGCUGGUGCCAUCUGCAAAGGAGCACUUUCUUUGAGGACCACGUUGUGUACACAUAGUUGCGAGUUGCUCAAAGAAUGCGCUAUAAUUUUAGGAGAAGACUUUGAUACAGGGGCUGAGUUGGUGUUUCCGACUUUGAUGAAAUUGUGUCUCUCAACAAAAAGUAUCACGUCGAUGAAUGCCCACAUGGUUAUUGCCGCAUUGUUUGCUAACUUACCGUUUCACACGAGAUUAGUGACAAGGAUAAUAUCCGCGAUGGAAGAACGCAAUUACCAACCACGUUCAUAUUCUUCAAUUUGGUUACAAAUUUUACUAUUGAGACAUGUUCAAAACUCUGACUUUCUUUCUGCAAACAACAUUACACAAGUCGCAGAAACUGCUGAUAAGUUAUUGAUCAGAUUAUUGAAGGAUGCUAAUCCCAAGGUUAGGCAGGAGGCAAAGGAUUGUUAUUGGUGUUAUCUUAAAGUCUUUCCACAAGAGUCGGAGAAGCUACUUAAUAGGCUUGAUCCGACAACAGUAAAGGCAUUAGCAAGAUCCCAAAAGGAGCUAGGACCAGCUGCAACAACCGUUAAACCUCUUGCAGUGAAAGUAAAUUCUAGAGUUUCUUUAAAAGACCAUGGUUUUGAUGACAAAGUUAAAGAGACCAAAAAGCUCAAUAGACCGUCUUCAAGACAAAAUACACUUGAUCCGACACCGCGUGUUGCAUCCAACCCUCUACCAAGGACAAUGAGGUCAACACAAGGAAGUUUCCGUAUGGAGAAACCAGUACCGAAGCAAAACCCAGUAUCAAGCUCAGGAUCUAGUACUAAAGGGGCGCUUCGGUCUUCCAGCUGGGGUCCGCGUUCACUGAACAACCUCAAUGUAAACUCUUACAACAAUAACAACGACAAUAACAACAAUAAUAAUAACAAUAACAAUAAUGGUAAUAAUGAUAAUAAUGUGGCCAAGAGUUAUAAUAUUGGCAAUAAUGAUAACAAUACCAUCAACAGCAGUAUUGAAAUCAACAAUACUCAAGACAGAGUACGCAGCAAAACGGAAAUGGAUGCAAAACUUUCUCGCAUAUCAACUGCACAUCCCAUGCCAGAGCCAUCGUCUGAAAUUGAGUCCAAUCGUGUAAUACCAAGCUCCUUAUCUAAAUCAUUACCCUCGAACGUGACCAAGUUGGGCUUGACUAAUGUAGAGACUACCUUGUCACAAUCCAAACCUAUUAUUGAUGAAGAUGACUCAAAUCCAAUUGAUAGACUACUAUACUCCAAUAACCCCGAUGAGUUGGCACAAGGAGUGAAAUUGUUGAUGGAUGCAUUAGUUGAAAACGGAGAUUUCUCUAGAUCUCAUAGGAUCAAGUCACGCUUGAGGUAUAUCGCAGAAAGAAAUGCUGAUGCUUUUAAACCUCUCUUGACAAAAUCUGAACUCAUCUUUGCAAAGACUGCAAAUUUGUUGUCCACUAAUGAUUUAAUUCGGGUCUGUGCGUUGAUUUUUCAUGGUUCUGAGCUGAAGAUGUUUGAUUUGAUAUCAUCAGUUGUUGAAGCUCCUGAUUAUUUCCAAUCCAAUUUACUGUUAUUGGCAAUGACUAUUGAUUACCCAGAUAUCGUAGGAAGUCAUGCUUUAAAACGUCAAAUGUCUACCUUUCAAAAUGAAAUAACUUCUCUGGUUUUGGAAUCUCUUUCCAUUGCUAUGACCAAAAUAGCAGUCACAGACCUCCAAUAUUCAGACUUGCUCUCCGAAUUACUUCGUCUGGUAAAGGUUUUCAAACAUACAUCCAUGUAUGAGUUGGUGAAAAAGUUAUUUUGUCAGCUUUACACAAUGAGUAGCGAAAGAUUCAUGCAAUCAAUGGAAGAUGUCGAAGAUCAAGUACGAGAAGAAGUUGAGCUGAUUGUUGGUGCAGACAAUACGCUUGUGGUGGGAAGAAACUUGAACAGUGCUGUUUUUGAGUUUACACAAAUAAAUCCAGGAAAGAAGACAAACGUCGAUACUUUAGAUGUAAUCAAAACGACAAAGCACAAUUUCAACACAUCACCAAAUACGAUCCCGAAGUCGAGCUCGAACCAAAACAUUUCCAACAUGAACUCUGGGAUGGAAACCCCGUCAUGUUCUGUACCUGCACUUACCUCCAAUAUACUAUCGCGGGAUAAUAUUAACAAUGAAGCUUUCCAAUUAAAACCGGCAAAUUCCACAAAUACUGAGAUAGAGUCACUAAGACCAUUUAAAUUGGCGAAAUCCCCUUCAAAAGGUCUCUCUGCUCUGAGUGAUGAAGUAUAUUCUGAGAACCAAUCGGAUACGCUAGCUCUGGACUUUGCUCAGGUUAAAAUAAAUAAUCGCAAUAUUGGCCAAGGCACUAAUAUACAACACGUUCGCGAGCUUAUUGACCGUGCAGACCCUUUGAACCCACUUUCCAACAAGAUGAAAAGGAUUGAAAUAUUUGAGGACCCACCAGCAUCCGAUGUACCUCCAAUACAUCGCCCUAUGCAGUCUUGGGAAAACUAUAAUCUUGCAAAAUUGAGCUUUGAAUUGAGAUCGUUGAACAUCAUACCCAAUGAUAUUGAGCAAUUUGAGAUGAACUGUUUGGAAUUGCUGCUGAGCUGGCCGGCAUCAAACUCGCAAAGUGAAACAAAUAGUGCUAUUGCUCUGACUAUUAGUGCUAUUAUGAAAACCUUGGAAUCUUUAUCAUCAUCAGAUCCCGACUUUAGAGAAUAUUUUUAUGCAAUGGGAAAAUACAAGCUUACACAGGCUUUGCUAUCGCAUUUACAAAACUUAGACUCGAGCAGUCCAAAUUUGACAGGGUCAUUGAUACUUUUGAGGCACCAAUUGAGAUAUGAUGAAAGUAUUGAUAUAAAUGCAGUUUGGAAUCUUUUUUUCACAAUGUGUAUUGACGUCAAGUUUGAAAGUGAGAUGUUUAUAUUGUGGAACGAAUCAAUUUUAAGUAUUAGUAAUACGCGCUCUCGGGCAUCAUUGACAGGCAUCAUUUUGAAGUACUUGGAACUGGGUACAAUGAAGCCUUUGUCAUUACCCGUACUGACUAUUUGCUUGAACUUUCUUGCCAAGGUUCUAAUUGAUGACGUGGACAUUGAUGAAGAGAAACUUUAUCGAUUGGACACAAUAUUUGGUAAAUUAUUCACCAAGAGCGACGCAAUGUAUCGAAAGCAGGCCACGAUGUGUUAUGGCAGUUUAUUGCGCAAUAAGAAUCUCACUACAGAGCUGAUGCAAGCCUUGAAUAAAAUGAAAGCGAGAUAUAGUAUGUCGCAACAGAGAUUGAUUGAGUUCUACAGUCAAAAAUAA